AUCAGCGAGUCAAGCAGCUUUGGUCACACCCUUCCCCCGCCUACAUGUCCCCCCUCCCGGGACGAGAGAGGAGCUUUAUACCGCCCGCCAUGUUGACAAGAGCAAGAAGUCAGAGUCAGAGACGUGUAAAAGCGAACUAAACUACACAUUUACGGGAAGGGUUAGAAACAACAUUUAUCCAACAACCACAACAACAUUUAUCCAACAAACACAACAAACAAGUCAACUUUCCUGGUGAUGGCGUGGCUGUGUGUGUGUCCAGCUCUGUGUUUGUGGAGAUGGUUCUAACAGGCUGUUGUCUGUGAGGACUGUGGAACACACUGCUGGCCCGCGGAGGCACCCUUAACACACACACACUCCGUGACACGGUGACCACACACACACACUCCGUGACACGGUGACAACGCACACACACACCCAGUGACACGGUGACACACACAGCGCUGCCGGUGCAGCGAGAACGGAUUCGGACACACAAACUGUUGACUGUGUGUCCCAGUAGCGUGUGUGUGUGUGUGCGUGUGUGUGUGUGUGUCCACCACCACCAUGCCGAGCUCCACUAUCAGACGUUCUGUGAAGAACAUGGUGAACAACUACUCCGACGCGGAGAAGAAGGUCCGAGAGUCCACCUCCAACGACCCCUGGGGCCCCUCGUCCUCUCUGAUGUCAGAGGUGGCCGACCUGACCUACAACGUCGUGGCGUUCAGUGAGAUCAUGAGUAUGAUCUGGAGACGCCUCAACGACCACGGGAAGAACUGGAGACACGUGUACAAGGCUCUGACGCUGCUCGACUACCUGAUUAAGACGGGGUCAGAGCGUGUGGCUCUGCAGUGUAAAGAGAACAUCUUCGCCAUCCAGACUCUGAAGGACUUUCAGUACAUAGACAGAGACGGAAAAGACCAGGGAAUCAACGUCAGAGAGAAGAGCAAACAGCUGGUGGUCCUGCUGAAAGAUGAGGAGAGACUGAAAGGUGAGCGUUCCCAGGCUCUGAAGACGAAGGAGAGGAUGGCUCAGGUCACCACUACAGGGGCGGUGACACCGGGUCAGGGUUUUGGCCGAGGUUCGUCUCAACCCAACCUGUCGACCUCCUACAGCGAGGAGUACGGCAAGUCGGAGGGGUCACCUGCAUCUUACCACGGCUCCACGUCUCCGGUUCCAGGCUCAGAGUUGGAGCAGGCCCGCCCCCAGACCAGCGGAGAGGAGGAGCUACAGCUGCAGCUAGCCCUGGCCAUGAGCAGAGAGGCUGCUGAACAGGAGGACAGGAUGCGUCGGGGAGAUGACCUGAGACUCCAGAUGGCACUCGAGGAGAGUCGUAAAGGAAAAGCCCUGGGUGACACCGGCUCUGGAAAACUAGCCAAGAAGAAGAGAGAGCAGGCCCAGUCCUCUCUGUUAGGAUCUAAUGGGUGGUCAUCUCUCUCUCUCUCUCCUCCCAGCAGGCCCAGUACUCUCUCAGGCCCAGUCCUCUCUAAUCAGUCCUCUCUGGCCGACCCCUGGGGGCGAGAGGAGGAGGCGCUGCUCGCCGCACCAGACCCCUGGCAGGCCUACGGUGCAGCCCCAAAGCCAGUGGCUCCAGUAGACCCCUGGGGGCCCCCGUCCUCCUCUGUUUCCCCCAUGAAGAGCAGUGAUCCCUGGGGAACCAACCCUGCUCCCGACCCCUGGGGUUCUGGAGGAACCUCCUACGCAGGUGAUCCUCUAGGUGAUGGUCGGGGUCUCUCCUCCCUGACUAGUGGUACCGGGGACCUGUUUGACCCUCUGUCCAACAGGAAGACCCCAGAGUCCUUCCUGGGUCCUAAUGCAGCAUUGGUCAACCUGGAUUCACUGGUCACCAAGCCUCCUCAGCCUGCUCCUAUUGUCAACCCCUUCCUCGCUGCCGCAGGAGCCGCCCCUGUAGCCGCCCCCCAGGCCAACCCCUUCCAGAUGGGCCAGCCUAACCCCCCUACCCUAAACCAGAUGAGGGUCAGCCCUAUGCCAGGCCUGAGUCUGGGAGGGGGAGCAGGGUUCAGCAGCUUGUCCUCCAUGGUCGACCCUCUGCCCCCCCUGACGGGCCACAUGGUGCCCGGGGUUGGAGGGAUGGGGGGUUUCCCGGCCUCUAUGCCUCUGACCCAGCCCCUCUUCGGCUCAGCUCUGCCCCCCACAGCUGGCACACAGCCCCCCGGGACCACUAACCCCUUCUUGUUGUGAGGAACACCUCAACUACACCCCCCUCCCAACCACCCCCUUCAAGACAACACCCCUGGACUCCUCUCCUGUCUUUCCAACCCCCCCUCUCCUCUUCCUCUCUCUUCCUCUCUCUCUCUCUCCUCAUCUCUCCCAUCUGCUCUUCCUCUCUCCCCUCUCCUCUUCCUCUCCUCUUCCUCUCCUCUACCUCUCUCUCCUCUUCCUCUCUCUCUCUCCUCUCCCCUAUUCCUCUUCCUCUCUCUCCUCUUCCUCUCUCUCUCCUCUCCCCUAUUCCUCUUCCUCUCUCUCUCUCCUCAUCUCUCCCAUCUGCUCUUCCUCUCUCCCCUCUCCUCUUCCUCUCCGUCCUCUCUCCUCUUCCUCUCUCUCUCCUCUUCCUCUCUCUCUCCUCUUCCUCUCUCUCUCCUCUUCCUCUCUCUCUCCUCUUCCUCUUUCUCUCCUCAUCUCUCCCAUCUGCUCUUCCUCUCUCCCAUCUGCUCUUCCUCUCUCCCCUCUCCUCUUCCUCUCCGUCCUCUCUCCUCUCCCCUAUUCCUCUUCCUCUCUCUCCUCUUCCUCUCCCUCUCUCUCUCCUCUCCCUCUCUCUCUCCUCUCCCUCUCUCUCUCCUCUCCCUCUCUCUCUCCUCUCCCUCUCUCUCUCCUCUUCCUCUCUCUCCUCUUCCUCUCUCUCCUCUUCCUCUCUCUCCUCUUCCUCUCUCUCCUCUCCCUCUCUCUCCUCUCCCUCUUCCUCUCUCUCCUCUCCCCUAUUCCUGGCUGUUCUGACUGUUAUUAAUGCUAGUCUGAUCAUGGAGUGAAUCUAACGAAACCUGUACAACCCCAGUGAGGUGUGUGUGUGUGUGUGUGUGUGUGUGUGUGUGUGUGUGUGUGUGUGUGUGUGUGUGUGUGUGUGUGUGUGUGCGUGCACCGUUAGUCCUUAGUUGGAGACGACUCCACUGCCUGGUACACUGUGUUACUACCCCCCACCCCGUUACCUGCCACAACUUGUGAGGUCACUGCUUAGCGACCCUGACCUAUGACCCUGACACACAGCCACAUAUGAUUUUU